AGUGUGCUCUCUCCACGUCAAAUGUCUAAAAAUAGAAUUACGUUACAUUGUAUCAUACAGGGAAAUCCCAAAUUUCCUUGAAUGUACAUUCCUCUUGUAGUUUCACUACACAGCUUUAUAAACACGUGCAAGUUUGUUUCGUUCAUGAAUAGAAUCAGAAUAUUUCCAAUGGUGAAAAGUAAACUAUUAAUCCAUUUGCAGAAGUUGGCUGGCCUUCAACAGCACUCGCCGUUCCUCUACGUUGUGGCCAGAGAUUUAGUUCUGCUAGCUUUCUCUGAAACGAAACCUCUGUUUGCUGAACCUGACAAGGCUAAAGCUGCAGAGCUAUUGAGAAGAACAUUGCCACUACUAGAAACGUCUUUUGCCAGCCUCCACGGCUCAUUGAAUCCAGAUCUACGUCAAACUGCCCAGCGCUGUCGAUCAGGAUUGGAGUAUUUAAUUGAUGAGUUCAGAGAAGACCAGAAGACCUACUCCGAACUGAAGCCUGUAUUAAGUUCUGCCCCAGUUAAGUGUGUUGAGGAUUACAUUAAACAUACCAGGGGAGUUCCUCCAGAAUAUUCAACUCUUGUUCCUCAAGAUUUGACAUCAAUUCCGCCUUCACAUUUCUGGUGGUAUCAGGACUUGAUUGAAGAAUAUGACGAAUAGUGUGCUCCUAGAAGGCAUUCAAAAAUUUAGUUGAUGCUGUUAGACACACAUAUUGUUUGUUAAUAGACUAUUAGUCUACAGUGUUUCCAUCUCAGUGUACAGAUAGAACUGUUAGGUAUAACAUCUCAGUGUACAGAUAGAACUGUUAGGUAUAACAUCUCAGUGCACAGAUAGAACUGUUAGGUAUAACAUCUCAGUGUACAGAUAGAACUGUUAGGUAUAACAUCUCAGUGUACAGCUAGAACUGUUAGGUAUAACAUCUCAGUGUACAGAUAGAACUGUUAGGUAUAACAUCUCAGUCUACAAUACGUCUUGAACCUUUAUAGCAAAUCUUUUCACAUAGUCAUUAGAACUAGGUUUUAAAACAUAUCAGCUGAGAUUUAGUUGACCACAAUCUAUAGAACACUGACGCUCUUCCAAAAUAAUUAGCUCGGAAAUACGAACAGUUCCUUCAGUACUUCACAUUGAAGUGUGAUCCGCAAUUGUAAUAGAUAACUGUUUCUCUACAUUUUCUUUGAUUUAUACAUUCUUGAUUCAGUUGAUUGUGCCUUGUUCGAUUAUUAAUCAUUUACACACAAAAUGGCAUCACAAGAUCAGCCUGGUGAUGUCGGCGAUUGGAAAGAAGCAGCUAAAAAGAUUCUGAAGACUUAUUAUGUGGGAUUUUCAGGAACCCAAUGGCACCAGUUCGUCAAGUCUACGGACAAUGAUAUCAUCAGGGCUAAAAUUUGCUACGCCAUGUUUGGCCCGCCAGCCUCUGAGGCGAAAUCGAUUGAGGAGGCCUACACGGAUGAGCAAAGAAAGACUGCACAGGGGAUACUGGAUGUAAUCUAUGAGGUCCACCAGAAAUCCUCAUCAACUGAACUUCGGAUUGGAUUCAUCUUUAUAUGCUGCAAGCAAGACAAAUCACCAUUCGCUCUUCCUCUGUUUUCCGUAUUCGUCGGCAAGGAUACGUCUGGUCGAGAUUUGAGAACCUUUGUUGACCUCCAGGGCCGGACUUACAAAGACUGGGAUGACUGGAAAUCUAACAACUGUCUCCCCGAGCUUGAGUACUGCUAUCCUACACGAGGUUUCUUUACAUGCAGUGGGGAUGAAAGCUACACAUUUGAUGCUGAACGUGAUCCUGAUGUGGAGUUUGGAAAGUCUCCAGCAUCUAAGACUUCAACAUGGCUUCUUGGCAAGGCGGACACUGUCACAGCAAUCACUUCGUUUGUAUCUGGUGCUGUGGGAAUAGCUGCUUGCUUUACUCCAUUGGCGCCCGUCGUGAUUACAGCAGCUGCCGUAACGGGUUCUGUUUCUGCUGGCUAUGGUGCUGUUAGAGGGGCAAGUCGACUUUACGACAAAGGCACACAUGGAGAAAGUCUUGCUGACUUUGAAAGUCUGACUCUUUGGUUGGGAAUCGUUGCGACACCAUUGCAUUUCUCUUCCUCUUUGGUUAACGCUAGGCUCGUGGCUGGGGCCCAACAAGGUCGUAUUUUUAGCAACUCAAUGAGGAGUUUUGCCACCUUGUUGAACUUCACGACAUUGGGUGUAGACAGUGCCAUGCUUGCUAUGGGACUAGCGAACCUAAUCAACAAAGCGUCAAAAGACGAGGUCACUGCGCUGGACGUUGUACAGUUUUCUAUGAGCGUGUUCUUCUUCUCCAACACUUUGAUGCAGCCGAAGGUGGCCAGCAGCAUCAUAAGCCAAGCUCAAGAGAUGCAUUUGAACAGUUACAUGGACAAGAUGUCUGAUGAGGCAACCAAAGAAACAUUUAAAAACUUCAUGGACAGAAAUCGUGGAGACGGAGGUAUCAAAGACACGUCAAAGAUCAUACGAACUGUAAACAGAAUGGAGGAUGCGAAUAAAUUUUUCAAAUCCGUGAAUCCAAAUGACAAGAUCGACAUUGGGGGCAGAAAGGGCCGAACAGUCUUGGUGUCUGAUAAUAAGGGCAAUGUCAACAGAAUCAACCCUAACAGAGUGCUGCUGACAAAACAAACUCCGGGCACUACUGCAACAUUUAAUUUUAACAAAGAUUACAAGAAACUGAAAAAAUGUUAUGGAAAAGAUCCCAGCGAUGUUGAACUAAAUGGGGAAAAGAUUUUCCAGAACAUGAGCGAACAGGACCAGAGGAGAGUUAGUCACGUGUUUGGCGGCUCCGCGAAGUACAACCCAGACAUUUUGAACACGGCACACACAGUUGCUGAGGCUUUAGGAUUGAAUACCGCCAGCGGUUUGAUGAGAGUCAUUGAAAUUGUAGCAGCCGAAGUUCAAGGAAGAGACGGAGCUGAACUUUCCACCAUUUUAAAUAACAUCAGCGGACCAGGAAAGCAAACCUUUCUUCAAAACCUUCAAAUGGACUUGAACAAGGCAACGCGACUUGCCGAGAGUCACAAUCUGUCCUUCGACUCUCCACUCACUGCUGUGUACCACUAUCGCAAACACGGAAAUGAGUUUCCGAAACUGUUGUCUAAGUUUGGUAACAGCAUAGAUGUCUACUUAGGACCCGUCAGUAAAAACAUAUUUCAAGACUGCAACUUAAGAGAGAGGCAUACACUAAAGGACGGCACUGUAAGAAAGAUCUACGCUACCAAUGGGGAUCACUUUGGCGUCAUAACGAUCACACCACAGGGUCAGAAAAUAAGCACCAUGUUCCAGAAACCUGGCUGUACCGUGGAGUAUUCCCAGCAGCUUAACGAUUAUUUCAGGAACUCUCCAUGCCAGAUCGAACCAAUCAGUGACGCUGCUAAUCGACUAGCAAGAUUCAUGGGUUUUAGAGCAUUUCAUGUGAAUCUAGUUGUUGGGGGACAUAAGACUAAAUUGGAUGACCUGAGCCUCCUUGACCCAGCUGUCCACGAGGAAAUAGUUCAUUAUCUGAACAUGAUUUCUAAUUAGGAAAAAAAAAAGUUCAGAGAUGUUUAUGUUGUCUAAACAAAUGCAUUUAAAUUAAAGAACUAAUCAAAUCUUUAUUAAAUAUACAGUUUUACAAAUGCUUAUUUAUCAACAAUACUAUACUUAGAUGUAUAUAUUUUCUUAACAAAUAGAACAAGUAGCAUAAACAAAUGUUUGUUUGCGUUUUUAAAAGACAUUUCCUCCUUGAAGAGUUUGAUGACUUUUCGUGAGGGGGAUUAUUUUACAAUUCAUAAUAUUACUUUUAGCACGCCCCAACAUCCCCCCUCCACUUGAAAAAAAGUCCUGGUUAAGCAAAGGUAUCAGUCCUACUCAGAGUACAUAAACUUCUAAUGAUAGACCUAUAGAUCUUGUCCAAUACUUACAAGACGGUGCGUAAAAUGUUCCUGAACGUGAAUAAAUAGAAUUUACGUGCGGAAAUAUCCGCUGACGCGUCGGUUCAAGAGAAAGAUGGUCAAGACCAAAUUAAAUUUUUUAGAAUAACAUUAAAAAAGUGAUAGCAGUCAAAUUAGAGUUUUCUUAGUGUGGUUAAUUAGGUAGUAAUUCUUUUCCCAAAGAUAUAUAGGCCUAUCAAUUAUCAAAUUUCUAGGAAAAUCGUUUAAGUUGUUUUCGUGAUACGUGUCCAGGUUUUUCCACCCAUGAAGAAAUUGUAAGCUGAAUAGAUGAAUUGUAGAAAUAAUCACACCGCACAUCCUUAGAGAUUCAAUAAGUAAGUUGUUGUUUUAUCAAAUUUUUACAGUUAUGAGAAGUAACAGUAAUUGAGCUUUAACAAAUCAUUAAUUUAUAAAAUCUUUAUAAACUUAUCUGAGAAUGUUUAGCUUUACUCAAAACUUUAUAUUCUGUUUGUUACUUUAGACCUAGCUUAUAGUUGUAGUUUGGAAAAAUUAGCAAUGUCGUUUCAUGUUUCAUUCCGUGUAAAUCUAGAUAUAGCUAGUAAGUAGACCUUUUAUAUUUUAAAACUCUAUUUCCUUGGUUUCUGUUGUUAGGCAUAGAAUGAAUCUUGCAGUCUUUUUUUUUUUAUUUUCUUGCCUAAACUUAAAUAAAACAUGUUCAACCUAAGUUUAAAAACCAA